AGUGGUAAGCAUCGCCUCGCGAUAAGAUAAACUCUGCAGACCGUCACACUCGUUCAUUGUUUUUGCAAGACAUUUCUUGGAGAAGAUGGCGGAGCUGCGUCUGUUGUUGACGUUAAUUGCACUGGUGACCGUCGCCGUCACCGUCGACGCUUUCCCCAAUGCCGGUGAUGUCCUCCUGCGGAAGGAAGUCAUCAAGAAAGCCUGCAAAUAUGACCGUGACUGUGCAAGACACGCCUACUGCAAACUUCAAAGUGAAUGUACUUGCAAAGACGGUUUCUUCAUCUAUAAAGAAGACUUAUCGAAGAGCGAGGUGUGCUUAAAACGCGUGAUGGGCAUUGGCGACGACUGCAAGGAGUCUGCGCAGUGCCAGCUGGCGCUGGGCCCCUCUGCCGAGUGCCGCUCCCUGGGGUGGGACGGCUCCUUCUGCCAGUGCAUCGACGGCGCCCACGAGGUGGACAACCGCUGCUACAACACUUCCAAUCUCGGGGACAGGUGCUUCGAGGACGAUGAAUGCGUGACGACCAACAGUCAGUGCAUGGGGAUUUGCAAGUGCAGAGUGAGCUACGUAACCGACGAGAAAAAAUCUUUCUGCUUGCGAGUGGCGGACAGCAUAGGUGACAUGUGCACCGAGGACCUGCAGUGCAAUCACUUCAUCCCUGACUCGGAGUGCUCUCGCUCCGGAGAGUGCACGUGCAUCGACGGAUACCACCCGGGCCCCCAGGGCGUCCGCUGCUGGCGGUCCUCUUUCUUGGGCGAGUCUUGUGGUGAUAACAACGAGUGUCUGGUGAAGCCCCUGCCCCUCGCCGUCCCCUACAACGACACGCGCACCCAGUGCGUGGACGACGUAUGUCGCUGCGCGGACGGCUAUGAACCGGACGAGUCUGGGCGGUAUUGCAAAGCUAGCUCCGCGGCGCGCCCAACGCUCGGCGCGUGUUUCCUGCUGCUCGCGGCCGCCGCCGCCACGUGGGCGCGAGUCUGAUACGAGGCGAUCUCUCACCUCCACUGCCCAUCGCCCCGUCCGAGCGCCCCGACGCCCGGCGUGGCACCCUGCCACCCGGGCGAUGGGGCGACAGAGCAGCCAUCCAACGCCGGCCGCCCGGAGCCAAGGCACGGGAAGCACCGCGGACGGCGUGGUGAUAACCCGUAGCCAAACACGAGGACUCCUCGGUAUCAAAGUGUCAACACUGCGGCGUUUGCUCAGGAUCCCUGACGUCUUCGUUGUCGGCAGCUGAACGUGGAACACCAAACGUGCGAAGGAAGGCAGACCCGCUGUGAACAAUUAUGUGUUUUUGUACAUUGAAGGGUUGAUAAUUUUCGUACAAAUAUAGAAAAAUCUGAAUGCGUAGAGUGUACGCCUACAAUAGAUCAAGAGUUACGCUAACGUAAGUCGUGAAAAUAAUAGAUGAACAAUUUUUUAACAUUUCUUAACGUAAUUUCGUUGUUGGUGAUACCAAAAUAUAACUAAAACGUGUUUUUCGCGAAUACGCGACUAAAUCUUUUCAUGUAUUUUAUCUCAUUUGUAAAUUUGUAAAAUGCAGUAUUAAUUUUCUUAAGAUUAAUUUAUUUACGAAAUUAUGAUCUACCACAAACAGCUAUAUCCAAAACGUCUGACACAUUUAUUGAUUUAAGUAACGGAAUUGUGAAUUAUACAUUUUAUCUUACAAGUCGAGAAAUAAUUCAUUUCAUUGCG